GCACGACAUUUCCCGGUGAGAGGAGGACAAACCACCCCACUGAACUCCAUCCUCUGGCAAGAGAUAUGACUCAGCGUUAAUGAGCUCAAAAUAUAACAACAGACCACAAAUUAAGUAGUAAGCUUUCUUAAAACUAUUUCUCGCAUGAAUCGUUCUAUUUAAAUAGCUGUUUGUCUUUUACAUCAUGGAUAGCUUCCGCGGUUUGUUUGAUAAACUCGACAGGAAUAAAGACGGUUUUAUAUCUCGUGAGGAGCUGCAGAGUGAAAUGCGAAGGAUAGGUGUGGAACCAGUGUGUGAAAAGGUUCAAGCAAUCUUGUCAAAUUAUGACCAAAACGAGGAUGGACGUCUUAGCUAUCAGGAAUUUCUUAUUUACAUAAUGGACAGAGAGAAGAAAUGGAAAAUAGAUUUCCAUGCCCUUGACAGAAAUAAAUGUGGGGCAAUUGACCUGGAGGAUAUCAUGACUCUGUUUAAGGAAUUAGGUUUGGUCAUAUCAAAACCCAAUGCAAAAAGAAUCAUUCAAAUGAUGGAUGAAGACAACUCUAUGACAGUAGACUGGGAUGAAUUCCUCCAGCAUGUCAUAAUCAACCCAGCAGAAAACAUUGGAGAAUUAGUAUCUUCCUGGAAACAUAACCUGGUGUUUGAUGUAGGAGAGAGUCGCUCUUUGUCUAUUGAGUUAACCCAGGACGGGACUGACCUGUCGAUCUGGGGGAACUUUAUACUGGCCGCAGGCUUGGCAGAUGCAGUGUCCAGAACUGUGACAGCACCAAUCGACCUGUUAAAGACACGACUUCAGGUUUUUGGAUCCAAAGCUGUGUCUCUGGGACUCCGAGAGCUGCAGACUGGAGGUUUUAGAUCCUUGUGGCAAGGAAAUGCUGUGAAUGUUCUUAAAGGAACGCCUCAAUCAACGCUUCAGUGCUUCAUCUAUGCCCAGAUGAGGAUGAGCACUCUGGGCGAGAGGGACAGUCUGUCGGUCCAUCAGAGGUUUGGACUGGGCUGUGUGUCAGGGGCUGUGGCACAUGCUGUGUUCUACCCCUUAGAGGUGCUGAAAGUGAGACUCAAUCUCCAGCCGGCCGGCACCUACAAUGGAGUACUGGGAUGUGCCAAGCUGAUUUACCAGAACGAGUCCGUGGCAGCUUUCUACCGAGGGUUCAAACCCAGCAUACUCUGCAUGAUACCUUAUGCUGGAGUGGAAUGUGCAGUGCAUCAGUCAAUCAUGAGCUGGGCAAGACAGGAUCCAGAGCAAGUCAGUGACUCCAAGCUGUUCCUCUUCAGUUUUGCUGCGUUUGCAUCGGGACAGGCCACCAGUUACCCACUUGCUGUCAUUAGAACACAACAGCAAGCUCAAGCUUUCUGUUCGACCUCGCAGAAGACUGCGGAUGCUCUUCAAGGACUCGUCGGCAUCUAUGAGAAAAAUGGAGUCCGAGGUUUUUAUAACGGAAUGGGUGCUAGCUUUGUGAGAGCUGUUCCCUGUGCUUUGCUGAAUUACACCCUGACCUCAAAAUUCGAGACAUUGCUUUCUUCAUUGUCCUAAUAAUGGUUUUGAGUCAAUGUU